GUAUCUUUCUAAUUAACCGUCUUUCGCAGAUUAAACGAUGGUCACGAGACGGGCGUUCAGGUGUUCCGUCUUAUACCAUCUCCAAGGACACUUACGUCAUUUCCAGAUAUAUUGAUAAUCCUCUUCUGAUUGGUGGAAAAAAUUUGAUCUUCGAAUUUAUGUUCUUGUGACAUCGUAUCGUCCAUUGAAAUGCUAUCUGUAUAAGCUUGGGUUCUGUCGGUUUUGUACUGUUAAGUAUAAUGCAAAUGUUAGCGAGCUUGAUAAUAUGUUUGUUCACCUCACGAAUGUGAGCAUUCAAAAACAUGGCGACGAGUAUAAUCCCACCCAUGGUGGAAAAUGGACUGUGGAGAACUUACGAAGAUAUCUCGAAGGAACCCGAGGUCACGAGAAGGCAGGAAAACUUUUUGAUGAUAUACAUUGGUUGAUUGUUCACUCACUUAAGUCAGUUCAACAUGUAAUGAACAGUGAUCGUCAUUGUUUUGAAUGCUAUGGCUAUGAUGUUAUCAUCGACAAUAACCUAAAACCUUGGCUAAUAGAGGUUAACGCUUCACCAUCCAUGACGGCAACAACAACAUCUGAUAGAGUCAUGAAGUAUAAUCUUAUCAAUGACAUCAUCAAUAUUGUCAUGCCAACUGGCGAUGUCCCGGAUAUUCGAUGGAAUAAGAUUCCUCCAACUGAUGUGUAUGGCAAUUUCGAACUGUUGUAUGACGAGGAACUAGCGUCUCACGAGACAGGGGAGGGACGCGACGUGAAAUCUAAGGGAUCUGGAACGAAUAUUGGAAAGCCAGGUAGAGAUGGUAAACAAAAGACAACAACGUGGAGAUGAAGGGCUGUGUAAACAUGUCCAACAAAUAAUAUUUAAAACUUGUUUUUCUCUUCUUUGGUGUAACUUGAUGAAAUUUGUCGAGGGAUAAUAGAGUUUUAUUGUUUAUCCAUUUGUUAGAUUUUUGAUUUAAAUGGUUUGUUUUUUUUGUACGUUACGCAAACUUUCUUGUCUUUGACUUUUAUAAUCCUCGGUGUUCGCCAAAUGCAAUUGUUUGUACAAAAUUUUGUUUUACGAUGUCUUUACUAUGGCAUGAUUUCUUCAACAACUGUUUAGCAUAAAUCAAGAAAAUUAAUUGAACUUUUAAAAGAAAACCAUAAAUCUUAAAAAACGAAAAUCUCCCAGAAACAAUGUGUGCUAUUCAAUGAAAAAGUUGGAAUUUUUUCCAAUCAAAGACAACUAAGAUUUUCUUCUCGUAUACAAUCUUAAAUUAUCGAGUUAUCUAUGAAAAGCUUCCCACUCUUACAAAAAAUCCUUUAAACGUGAAUAAAGAUGGUCAACACUACCAAAUACCAAUACACGCAUCUUACCAACGCAGAAUUGAAAUUAUAAAAUGAUGUACUGUAAGGCGUGUUAUAAAUACCACUCUAUGCAGCCUUCCAAGUUUCCAAAACAAAAUUAACAAUCGUGAACACAUGUUUUAAAUCAAUGUACGGAAACAAUGCAGUCAAUGUAAAUAUUCAACUCAUGAAGGAUUUUCACUUGAUCUAAAAUUUUUAACUGCUUAUUUAUGUCGUUGCAUUGUUAUUGUAGAAAAAACAAAUACAAUUGUAAGCCAAAACUUGCACGUGCUACAUUAAAUGUGUUUAAUAUCUGCAUGAUAUUGUGCUCAAAGUCAUAUAAAUUAGAAUAUAAAAUUUAUCGUACUUACGAAUGUAACUAGCUGAUCGUUGACAUUCUUGUCUAGUAUUUGUUGGUAUAAAGUCCAAAAUUAAAGUUCGUGUUGGUUCUUUGUUGUACUA